CAAACGUCACGCAACAUAUUCUCAAGUCAAAGAUGUGUUAGCAACAACGAGGAUACCAGCUCAGAAUCUCAAGCGUCACGACUUCAAAGAUGGACCAAUGACACUGACUAGUUUCCCUUUUGGUACGCCAGAAACACAAAACCAUUGACUUUCGGUAUUCUGAGUUGAUUUCCCCUUCAAAACUGACAAGGACAACGAUUUGCCUCAGAAUUGGUGGCUGUCGUUAAGAGAAAAUGUUCAGUAGGAAGUAUUCGUUCGCUGUGACAACGCUGCUGACGGUGGCUCUGAUUGGCAGCACAGCUGAACAGUGCCCGUCCGUCUGCCGUUGCUAUGGCAACCGUCCACACUGCGCCCAUGCAAACCUGACUGAGAUUCCCGACAAUUUGCCCGACAGCACCGUCUACCUACACCUCGAGGGGAACAACAUAUCGUCUGUUUCCAGGCGCGCCCUGGCCCACAUGACGUCACUCCGUCAGCUUUACCUCAUGAACAACAGCAUAACCAAUCAGGGAGUUCCACCGGACGCCUUCGUGUCCAAUCGGAACCUUCGGCUGCUCGACCUGACCGAAAACCUGCUCACGGCUGUACCGCAAGGGCUGACGGGACUGUGGCAGCUUGCCCUUGCCUCCAACAAGAUCACACGAAUCCCGAGAGGAACUCUGUACCCGCGCCUUAUAGGAAUCGCGAGGAUACAUUUGGGGGGAAACUACCUUACCAAUGAUGCCAUUUCUCCCGGAGAGCUAUCUGGUAUCCACACUUUACAACAAUUAUUUUUGUCUGACAACCGACUAAAAGAAAUCCCGACUUUGAGAUCUGCUAGACUAACCCACUUGUACAUCGGGGGGAACAAUAUUUCUCAGAUCCAGCCUGACACCUUUAGCGGUGUGACGCGUUUGGUUUAUCUCGAUUUAAGCCGCAAUAGUCUUGACAAUCCUGGGAUCGAGACUGGUGCCAUGGAGCAGCUCUCGUACCUCCUGUAUCUGUGGCUUCGCGAAAACAAACUCACUCGGGUCCCAUCGGGCUUACCACGGACCGUGAAGAAGCUUCACCUAGAGGGGAAUCUCAUCACUGCAGUCGAACCCAAUGCCUUCGCUAAUAUGUCACAGCUUCGAUAUCUGUAUCUUUCAAACAACAGCAUUGACGAGAUACAACCAGGUGCGUUUAAUGGACUCGGUACGCUUCAGUAUCUAGAACUUUCAGGCAACAAGUUGCAACAGUUGACAAACGGUUCAUUCCAGGGACUUUCACUACUGAGUGUUCUCAUCAUGGAGAACUGUAAUAUCACAGUGAUGCGCAAGGGGGCGUUCGAAGGCUUGCACGAAGUCACCCAACUUGAUCUUGCUCACUCCAGAAUAGAAACCUUUGAAGAUGGCGCCUUUGCCGGCUUGAUUGACGUAAAAACCCUUCGACUUGAACAUAACGAAGUCGAAUCACUACCAAGAAAUACCUUUAACGGUUUGUUAGAAGUGACCUCUAUUACCCUUGCCCACAACAAAAUUCGUGGCGUUGAAAACGGCGCGUUUAGAGGAGUCGACCAUCUACGUAACCUGGAUCUCACCGGAAACAGAAUGACGUCACUUCCUGUCGGGCUAGAGGACAUGCGCUCCCUACAAAGCCUUGUCCUUACUAACAAUAGCGUCGCAGACAUUCCCAACGACAUGCCAGCCAACACCGUCUCAAUUCUUACCUUGAAUUCUAACCCGCUGGGCAAAGCACAUCUAAGCAGGCUUGCUAACAUCUUCCCUCAGUUAUCUACACUACAACUCCAAGAUAUCGGCAUGCAAACAGUGAGAGAAGACGACUUCGUAGGAAUGUCCAAAUUAAGUAUGUUAAAUCUGGACAACAAUAACAUAUCUGAGGUCACUGGGCGACCUUUUGACUCCUUGCGGAGCCUUAGUAUACAAAAUAAUCUGCUCACUACAGUACCCAUAGCCCUUAAAAACCUCACAAACAUCCAGAUAUUGUCUUUGAGUGGAAACCAGAUUUCGACACUUCAAAAUGAUUCAUUUCAAGGUCUUGAUAAUCUAUGGAUGUUGUUUAUGUCAGACAAUGAUGUAAGGGAAAUCGAGACUGGUGUCUUUAAGCAGAUGAGACUAAUCUUUAAGAUAUUCCUGGAAGAGAAUGUGAAUCUUAAGAGUGUUGAUGUGGACACGUUUCGGGUGCCGAGUUUAAGGUUUGUCUAUCUCCGGAAUUCAGGCAUCGAAACUAUCCACCGAGGACAGGCAGAAGAGGACCUGCCAUCGUUGCUGACCAUGGAGCUCCUAGGCAACCCUUUGAACUGUGAUUGCCGUUUGGGAUGGAUGUUGGCGUGGCCCGUCAUCAAAUCCGACGCAACGUGCUUCAAUCCUAGCGACUUGCGUGGAAUGGCAGUGAAAGAUCUUUUUGAUGAUGAUUUCAUUUGUCAAGAUCCUAUAACCUCCUUGGAUCCAUCAAGCUUCGUGAGCAGCAGUACGUUGCCUUUAGAUCAACGGUCGCUUCCAGUGACGCAAACAGCUAGCACAGCAGCCGGGUCUACCACAACUGAGAAACGUUCUGUUUCUACAGGGACGCUAACAUCAAAGGAAACAACCCAGACAAUUCAACCUCCCACCCCGCAAAAAACGUCCCCACAGUCGAUCACUACCGUCAUCCCUUGCGACUUGGAAUGCCAAAAUGGCGGCCAGUGCGUUGUCAUGGCAACAAACAACCUUGAGUGUCGAUGCAAGGUCGGUUUCACCGGGCGGCGAUGUGAAACCCCUAAUCACAAGGGAGAUGACAUCACGAUCACAGAAAUCAAUGACACAGCACUGAAGGUCACGUGGUCUUCUCCAGUCGACGACCUUUCGUACAAAAUAUCUGUAUUGAAGUCUGACGACGACACGUUUAAAGAAGAGACAAUUCUUCCCCCAGGGUUGUUUGAAUACAUAGUAAAAGAUCUUAGCCCAGAUAUGCAAUAUAUUGUGUGUAUUACGCCCAUCGAUGAAGACCUAAAGCACAUUGCACCAAUAGCAAAUGAGGAAUGUCAUAAGGUCACCGUGCAUGCGCAGUCGUCUCACGCGGGGAAUUCUGGGAAGGGGACAGCGUUCGGGUUGACCGUGGUAACCAUUUGCGUCAUUCUGGUGUGUGCCAUUUUGGGAGUCGUCUUCUACAGGAGGAGGAAGCGCAGACAGCUAGAAGAUCGGGAUGUUUUCCCCAAACCAGAGGACGAUGACCACGAGCUUCAGGAAUUGAACAGCCUCCGCGAACAGUUCGUACCAGACGUCGUCAUACAGGCGAAAGACGCGUCGAACUACGUCCGACUCGAAGACGAAGAUAAAGUCAUCGAGAAAGACAAUGUGUCCGGUAAAAAGUUAGGAGAGUACGUGAAACUAGAAGAGCCUGUUGAGUAAUCUUAGCUACGAGAGUCAGAAAACACGCAGGAUUCUAUGAAACUAAACAAAUUAUCAAUGAAUACUAUAUAAAGUAAUUAGAAAAUUAGAAAACAUUCAAACCGGCAUUUAUAUAAAUGGACUUGUUUAUUGCAAAUGCAUAAAACAUGGAAUUAAUAUUCUGGCAUAAAUGGCAAAGGUUUCAUCAGUACAAAGAAAGGACAAUUUUACCUUACAGUAUAUUAUGAGGGCGUAUUCAUACCACCUGUAUCUUGAUAUUGCCUAUGGCUAGGUGUGCAUAAUAUGUAUUUGUUUACAUAUCAAGUUGCAAUUGUACUAAUUAAAAGUGCUAAAUAAUACGACGUAAAACAUCUAAACAGAAUUAUAUAUUUUACUCAAGAGAAAUAGUUAGAACGAGUUUUGUUGUAUCUACCUGUAUAAUCGAACUUGGUACCCGGUGGCUUCUAAAGAAAAUUAAAUGCUUGAAGCCCGAAUUUAUCUAACAAUAGGCCAAGGCUUUGUUAAAGUACUUUGUUGACCAGAGAAUA